AGUCACAGUGCCAGUAGUCUGCGGGCUAGUCAGCGGUAACUAUCAGCGGACACCAGCUUGGUUAAAUUUUCUUUUUGUAUAUCCCAGUAUAAUUGAUGAAAAUUUCAUCUAACACUCUCAGCUGUGGUAGCAUAAAUGAUUUUGUAUUUAUUGGUGUGAUAUUUUAUACAUAAAUCCUAAGUAAAUUGCACUUGAAAAAUUGUAUACUCUUAUUAAUAAUAUAGUGUGCCUGUAAACAAUAUUCUUUGUAGGCUCGUGUUGAAUCAUUCAAUUAAUAAAUACAAUUUAAAAAAAGUAUAAGUCAAUGAUAAAAUGUCUCUUAAUAUCCAUACUCAGUUGCAGCAUUAUGCAGAAUUGAAAUAUUUUAUUUUUUUUGUAUUUAUAGUUCUUUAUUUUCAAAAAGAGUCAGUUGUUUUAGCGAGUUUUCCAGCUACAGGAGCUAUGGUAUGUUCUGCAUUUCUUGGCUUUCUGAUUGCACUGGAGUAAACAAGAUAUUGAUCAUAACUGCAUCCGAUGCGGCUAUCUUAGUCUGUUCGAUGAGGAGAAGUAGAAUUAAGGGCACUGGUCAUAUGCCUGAUCAACGACAAUACUGGAUCUUCGUUAGUGUAUAGCUUACAGCGAUACUUAUCUCAAUAUGGCUAUUUACCACCAUUAAAUCCAACCAACGGUGGUCUUGUCUCUGAGCAGACGAUGCAACGUGCUAUUGCAGAAUUCCAAUCAUUUGCCGGCCUUAAUAUAACAGAGCCUACAGAAGAGGGAGUGGACUGCACGCAUACUCAUGAGAGCCUGCACUGAGAUAAAUGUAGAGUUGGAUUAACCGGAAACUGGCAGUUUUUACCGGAGCGCUCAAGCAAAUGGUUUAAGGUUGAAUCUGCCUUAGCACUACCGCUGUUUUUACCUGACUGGGUAUUGGAUACUGAUACUGCUGCUUUAAUGUCCAUGCCCAGAUGUGGAGUAAAAGAUAGAGUUGGUGCUAGUUCAGAUGGCAGAUCCAAGAGAUAUGCUCUUCAAGGUUCAAGGUGGAGAGUGAAAAAACUUACCUAUAAAAUCAGUAAAUAUCCGAGGGUUUUGGAAAAAGGAGCUGUAGACAAAGAAAUUGCAAAAGCAUUUUCUGUUUGGUCCGAUUAUACAAACCUUCAGUUUACGCCAAAAAAAUCUGGACAAGUACAUAUUGAAAUAAGAUUUGAACGAGGUGAACAUGGAGAUGGUGAUCCCUUUGACGGUCCUGGUGGCACACUAGCACAUGCUUAUUUUCCUGUGUAUGGAGGAGACGCACAUUUUGAUGACACUGAACAAUGGACAAUAAAUAGUUUCCGAGGCACUAAUUUAUUUCAAGUAGCUGCUCAUGAGUUUGGCCACUCUCUUGGGCUAAGUCACAGUGACGUUAAAUCUGCCCUCAUGGCACCAUUUUACAGAGGGUAUGACCCAGACUUUUUAUUGGAAAGUGAUGACAUUCAAGGCAUACAGGCACUCUAUGGUUCCAAAAAUGAAGAUGGAGGCGAAUCAAAUAUUCAUCAGCGAACUACUCAUUUGCCUCCAUCAAGCGAAGAAGAUUCACAGCUUUGUUCUAAUCCAAAAAUAGAUACUAUCUUUAAUUCUGCUGAAGGUGAUACAUUUGUGUUUAGAGGUGACUUGUAUUGGAAAUUAACUACAGACGGAGUAGAGAGUGGAUAUCCGAGAUUAAUUAGCACGUCAUGGAAAAAUUUACCUGGAAAUAUAGAUGCUGCCUUUACUUACAAAAAUGGAAAAACCUAUUUUUUUAAAGGAUCUAAGUAUUGGAGGUACAUAGGGAGAAAAAUGGAUGGAGAUUAUCCAAAGGAUAUUAGUGAAGGAUUUACAGGUAUACCUGAUAAUCUAGAUGCUGUUACUGUAUGGACGGGCAACGGUAAAAUUUACUUUUACAAAGGAACCAAGUUCUGGCGAUUUGAUCCUUUACAAAAACCACCUGUUAAAAGUACAUAUCCCAAACUGAUUUCAAAUUGGGAAGGUAUACCAGAUAAUGUGGAUGCAUCGAUUACUUACCAUGGCUAUACAUACUUUUUUAAAGAUAAUGCAUAUUUCCGAUUCAAUGAUAGAUCUUUUUCAGUUGAUGUGGCAAGUCCAUCUUUUCCUAGAAGUAUAGCUUAUUGGUGGUUUGGUUGCAGAUCAACUAGUAAAGGCACUUUAGAAAAUGUUCAAUGGUUGUUGAAAAAUUCUCAGAACAAUUCAAUUUUAUACUCGAAAAAUUCUAAAGAAAUUAGCAGUGGAAUGUUUAAAAUAAAUAAAAGCUGUGCUCAUGAUAAUCAUGACGAUACUGCUUUGGAUACGUUAACAUAACUGAAUUAUAAAGAUACCUGAUCGUUAAUAAUUUUGUAAACCAAACUUGUUCCUACGGAAUGAAUAAAGAUAUUCAUACCGAUAUUAAAU